AUGACUGUAAAUGGAACCAAUGGGCACUACAAAAACGGUCAUACCGAGAACCCCACUCUGCUAAGUCGCGCAGACGAGCUCGAAGAGCUGCUCACGCAAGUAAAAGAUCUUAUCAUUCCGUUCGUCAAGGCAGCGGAUGAUUCGGCCGUAGAAAAAGCAACCGGGAAUAUUCCACAGCAGCCCGAUGGCACACUUGGCAACAAUGUGCUUGUCGAUUACCAGAAGCCCGCAGCCGUUGCUGCCAAGCUGAAAUUGUCGCUCCCAGAACAAGGUGUUGGCGCCGACGGUCUGAUGGAGGUCAUUAAUAGAGUGCUUCAGUGCAGUGUCAAUACCUGGGACCAAGGCUUCCUCGACAAGCUUUAUGCGAGCAACACACCUGUUGGCGUGAUAUCCGAUAUUAUCCUCUCUGUUCUUAACACAAAUCUCCACGUUUUCCAGGUAUCGCCAGCCCUCUCCGUCAUUGAAAAGACCACGGCUCGCGCCUUUGCAAAGUAUUAUGGCUUUGACAGCCCGUUUGCUGGAGGAAUUACCUGCCAAGGCGGUAGUUCGUCCAAUCUCACAUCUCUCGUCGUUGCACGCAAUACUCUCUACCCCGACUGCAAGACGACUGGCAACGGCGCACACGACUUUGCCAUCUUCACCAGUGCCCAUGGACAUUACUCAGUAGAAAAGAGCGCCAUGAUUUGUGGGCUAGGUAGCUCUGCCGUAGUACCCGUUCCUGUUGAUGGGGACGGGUGCAUGCGUAUUGACGCUCUAGAACGUUUGAUUGCUGAGGUCAAGGACCAGGGUAAGACGCCGCUAUACGUCAACGCCACCGCUGGCACCACUGUACGUGGAUCAUUCGAGGCAUUUGAAGAAAUCUCGGCCAUUUGCAAGGCGAAUAACAUGUGGAUGCAUAUCGAUGGCAGCUGGGGAGGACCGGCCAUCUUUUCGAAGCAGCAUCGCCACAAGCUUCGCGGCUCGCACCUUGCAGACUCUCUCACGGUGAACCCGCAUAAGAUGAUGGCUGUUCCCACGACCUGCUCGUUCCUCCUAUGCCCCGACACACGUAAGCUCCGCGCUGCUAACAGCACUUCUGCUGGAUACCUAUUUCAUGGAGCCGACGAUGGUGAUGUCUGGGACCUUGCCGACUUGACUCUACAGUGUGGACGUCGCGGCGACAGCUUCAAACUAGCUCUGGCCUGGCUCUAUUAUGGCAGCAACGGCUUUGAAAGGCAAAUUGAUCAUGCAUUUGAUAUGGCUUCGCGCCUCUUUGGACUUGUGGAGCAGACGGGGCAGUUUGUAAUGCUGGGCACUAACCCGCCGCCGUGCUUACAGGUCUGCUUUUACCAUGCACCCGGAGGAGUGGUUUCCGACGACAAAGCUGUCAAUACUAUCCGCACGCAAAAGAUUGUGGAGAAGCUAAUUGGCAGAGGAUUCAUGGUGGAUUAUGCUCCUGGAGACAAGGGAAGCUUUAUUCGCGUUGUUGUAAACGUCCAGACGCUUGAGGGGACAGUUGACGGCUUGGCCAAGGCGCUGGAUGAGCUUGCCAGGGAAGUUGACUAA